GGAAGUGACGUAGUGCGCACGGCGGAAGCGACGGGGAGCGCGCGGUGGGUGUCUGGUGACCUUCAGCGGCGCGGAUCUCUGCGGCCACAUUCUGUCCCAGUUUCUCUCCCAGCCGCCGCGAUGCCGAGGGGGGGACGCAGCCGCUCGUCCCGCGUGGCGCCGCCCGCCAGCCGGGCGCCGCAGAUGAGAGCAGCACCGCCAGCCCCUGCCCCAGCGCCUGCCUCUGCUGUGGCCGCUCCUGCCCCGAAGCAGCCCGGGCUGAUGGCGCAGAUGGCCACGACUGCGGCGGGAGUUGCUGUGGGUUCUGCUGUGGGGCACACCAUAGGCCACGCGCUUACUGGAGGAUUUGGUGGAGGAAGCAGUGCUGAGGCUGCGAGGCCUGAUAUUACUUACCAGGAACCCCAGGCUGCUCAGCCUGCCUACCAGCAGCAGCAGCAGUUUGCUCCUUGCCAGUAUGAAAUGAAGCAGUUCCUGGAGUGUGCGCAGAACCAGACUGACCUCAAGCUGUGUGAGGGCUUCAGCGAGGUGCUGAAGCAGUGCAGGUUUGCUAAUGGUUUAGCUUAAGCCUCCGGAACAAGGUUGCUGAAGACCACCUUACAAGAACUGACCUGUGAAUGAAAAAGCUUUGCUAAUAGUCUAAAGCUGUCUGAUAUCUUAGUUUCGUGUAGUCACACUGUUGUCCUUGUGGCUUCAUUUCUGCCAUAGCCUCUACAGCUGUGAUACAACUGCAAACUAAUUGAGCACAAAAUGGGAAAAAAAAGAUCAAUAAAGUGGAAUGAGUUGAUUGGGGCUAA